AUGGGCACUGAUGCUGCUUCUGUACGAUUUCUCCAUCGAACUUGUGCCGACAGCGAAGUUUGGGGACGCCGAUGUACUUUUCCGGCUGAUCAAACACCAUACAAAGCCCGACGAGGAUUAUGUGAUCGCUUCUUUGGUUCUCGAGGAUCACCAGUUGCUUCCGAUUCUCUUAAUGCCCUUCCCCUUGUUUUUAGCGACAUUCAACAAGCCACGCAAACCGAUCUGGUCAUGAAGAAGGUCUACCGCUUUUUGCGAGAUGGUUGGCCCGAUCCAAAUGCUCUAUCCAUUCCAGAGCUCAAGCGCUUUUACGACCGAAGAGAAUCCCUCACCAUUGUCGACGGUUGCACACUUUUCGGGGAACGGUUGGCUAUUCCCGCUCCAUUCCGCAAGCGCUGUCUCGACCAGCUUCAUCGUGGCCACCCCGCCACUCAGCGUAUGAAAGCCAUCGCUCGUUCAUAUGUGUAUUGGCCGAAUAUUGACAACGAAAUCUCCAGCUACGUCCAGGCUUGCCGACACUGUGCACUGACAGCGAAAUCUCCACCACACUCUGCACCUUCGCUGUGGCCCAAAUCCAACAAGCCAUGGGGAAGAGUGCACAUCGAUUAUGCUGGACCGAUCGGAGGAGAUUACUUCCUGCUUGUGAUCGAUUCCUUCACCAAGUGGCCUGAGAUCGUUCGGACGAGCAGCAUCACAAGUACAGCCACAAUCAACAUUCUCCGAGAACUCUUCGCUCGUUUUGGAAUACCGACAACCUUGGUGAGCGACAACGGGCCCCAGUUUUGCAGCGCUCUGUUCCAAACCUUCUACGCUGAAAACGGCAUUCAGCACCUCACCACGGCACCCUUCCACCCACAAUCGAACGGCUAA